AUGGCGGGGAACAAUUUCCAUCAUCUACAGCAGCAGCAACCACCAAACAUCCAGGAACAGGGGCUGCAAAUUCUUUCCAACCAGCAGCUGCUAAUGACGCAAAUUCUCCAGCAACAAAGCGCCACGCAGCUUGCCAUCCGCAAUCUUUCCUACGACGAAAGGGUGCUGGACUCGCUUUCGAGCAACAUGGCGGAGUUCGUGUAUGACAAAGACAAUGGACACACGUUCGACGCAUGGUUUUCCAGGUAUGUCGACCUUUUUGACAAGGACGCCCGGAAGCUCGAUGACGCAGCGAAAGUGCGAUUGCUCCUGCGAAAUCUUAGCCCACCCGAUCACGAGCGCUACAAUAGCUUCAUUCUGCCGAGGCUCGCUCGUGAAUUUACGUUCACAGAGACCCUCACCAAGGAGGAGAGUGACGAUUACCUGGCAUACUCGUGCAAGGUGAACAAGGCAUGUGUUGAUUCCAAACUUUCGGAAUUACCUGAAGAGCAGUUCAAAUGCCUUAUUUACGUCUGUGGUCUGAAGUCAAAUCAAUAUGCCGAAGUUAGAAUGCAUCUCAUCAACAAGCUGAACGAGAACGUUAAUUUGACGCUACAGCAAGUCGUGGAUAAGUGA